AAGCCGGAGCCAGUUGGCCGCCGUAGUUAAGCGCGGAUGGGUGACCGUUGUUUAUAAUGGCAUCUCUAGGUAUGACAGUGUUUUCUGGUAUUAAUAAAGCACCUCCUGUGUAUGGAAUAAAAUAUCCGUCCGUAUAUACACAACAAAAAUAUAUAGCGGAUAACGUAAAAACAGGCGGUAACGACGGAAUAACAUGGUUUAAUUCCGAUUAUACUGGUCCUGGUAAUAAAGUUAAUUCGGGAAAUAAAUUUAUUGGAACUCGAUUACCUCAGAAACAAUUAGAUUGGGAAGCAUUGGAACAUGAUGUAGCAUAUGCCAAUGCUACGGAUACGUCCAUUUCAAAUAUUAAUACUAUUGACUGGUCAAUGAUAAAACACGCUAUAAAUACAGUGGAUCCAUGGUACGGAAACGUAGCAGCUGCCGUGGGUUUAGGUGUUAAAAUAGGAGCAGAACGUACAUGGGAAAGCAUCAGUGGACAAGGAACUGCUUUAUAUCCGUCUAUGCCGGUACAAACAGCGCCAGUACCGUGGUUCCGUAAACUUUCUAGACGCAGAGGAGAAUUACCGCGAACAGCGCCACCAGUCGAUCCGAAUGCAGUGUCUGGAAUGCCACCGACUGUCUCAACAACAACGCCGGACAGAGCAGCUACUGGAGGAACGAAAGCGGGAGGAACAUCAGGAGCACGAUCCCUUAACGAAUAUAAAGCAAGUGGAAGAGAAGCUUCAGCUAUGGGAGAACCACCAACGAAAAAAGCAAAAACGGAAUUGCCUGGAACGGCUAAUGAGGCGGCUGGCGAUGCCGAUACUGGUAAUCCUAUUAUUGCAUUUGCUACAAUACCCCGUCCUUUUGACAACACUGUCGGGUACACCGCGGUUUUUCGAAAAAAUCAUCAAUUCGUUAGCUACGGAAUUGCGUGGCUUAUUAAGCCUGUUCCUGCGGACGUUGCUCGAGACAGUCAUUUUGCCUCCACGAGCUUAGCUGAAAUACCCGUAGAUAGAGUGCAUUUAUAUUUGACUAAAGAAGAAGUCGAUCAAAUGCCCCGAGGCGCCAGAAUAGUAAAUGUAAAAUGUACGGUUGUUAUGCGAAAUCCACGUACAGCGUUUGAAACUGCGUCGACAUCGUCGUCACUGGCUACGUUAAAUCAAAACAAAUUUGGUGUUUAUGCUAUUGGUCUCAAUGUUAACACUACAGGAGUUAAUAGGUCCUAUAGCUUUAAUGCUACUGAACCCAUGCAAGUAGAUAGUAUCAAAACCGAUAUGGAUUACAAAAAACAACACGACGUAUGGUACGGUACCCUUGAUGACGAUGGGGCGUUUGUGGAUACAUUACCGACUUCGUUUAUGAAUUUACCGUCUAUAUUAACGCAUUAUUAUACACUGUAUCACAGGCAAGUUAAAGGCGCUGGUGAAUAUACAUGGCAACGUUUAAAUAAGUAUAUCAAUAAAUUUGAUGCCAGUCACUUUAUUGGUGAUCGUAUCGUGUACUAUGAAUACGAACCGCAAUACGGUUAUUUGAGUGAACCUAUACCACACUGUGCGUCGUAUUUACAUCCCGAACAAAUAGCUUAUACUGAUAUCGGAACUUCCGAAGGGGUAGCGGUUAAUAUUGUUACAAAUAAAACACCUACAGAAACGAACGCCAUUAAUAAAACUUCUGCGUAUGAAUACACGGAUAUCACUACAUACAGCGAAAAAACACGAAUAUGGAAAAAAAUAGAAAAAGAACGGUACAUCGACGUAUUAGAUUUGUCUGCUUAUUACCAUAAAAAAACAGAUAGAAGUAAUCCUAAAGCUCAACCGUCUUUACAUGUGGGAAUUUAUCCAGUUCCAAAAAUGACCACUACUGAAAAUAGAUUAAUACCGUCUAAAUGGACAGACGUAGAAGCAUUAUGGGAUGUUGCGGUUGAAUGUACUGUAGCGUUUGGAAUGCCAAACGAUAUGUGUAGAGCACAAAAACCUAAUGUUACGCAUUCAGAAACUAUUAGAGAAUUUGCAUGGGGUGGUACGUCAUUAAUCAACGAUCCCACAUUAAGCACGUGGAUGGAUAGAUAUGCUAUGACUACUGUAAAAUAACUUUUAACAAAGCAAAGUCGUUUCAAAGUCAUUAUGUUAAUUAUAGUUUUAUUAAUAAACCGUUUACAUACACAACAAUGUGUUUUUUAUUAUAGACAUUAGGUUAUCUAAUGAGUUCACAAUUAUUUAUACAUUUAUUUUACAUAAUAAUAUCGUACAGCUUUAAUAAUGGAAACAACAUUAAUGGAUUUAAUUUUUUAUCGUAUUCGGCUAAAAAGGUCGCAGUUCUCCAUCGAUAACACCGAAUACGAUGUUUAAAAGUGGAAUCAUUAAUUAACGGGAUAUAAUUGUUCGUUAAAAUAAUAAAAGGAGGUCCUUGUACCGUUUGAUCUCCCUUGAACUUUACCUGAACUCGACACGUAUCACCUCCUAACAAUUCUUUUAAUUUUUCAAUUUCCGACGAUUCAUAAUUAGGUUCGUUCCACAUUACCACCCGUUUAUCGGCCACUUCCAUGUAUCCGAAUGUAUUGAAUCUAUUUAGUUUGCUGAUUACCCCAUAAUUUAAAAAAUACGAACAGACUGCGUCAAAAAAGAAGUUUUUCCCUGCACUUGUUGGCGAUAAAAUUAAUAUAGUAUUUAACUUUGGAAUUUUUUUGUUCAAUACGUUAUACAGAGUUUGUAAAAAUUCUCCAACGGCAGUAGAAUCGUCGGAAAAUUGAAACAUUAAAAGACGAUUAGCUACGAUAACAGAGUAUUCAACGGAAUAAUACGCGUUGUGUACACUGUAUUGAUAACUAUUAAAAUAAGGUGUACAAGCCGGAUUUGAAUAAAAAACAUUAUAAUCCUCCAUAGUCCAAUGAUUUAACACACCGCACCAUUUAUCUAUAGCAUUGGUAGCUAAUAUAUGUUGUGCGUGUAAAUCAUUAAACAGAGGAUUAUUAAAGUAUUCGGGAGUUCUAAAAAUACAGGACGGAGGAGAAGUAGGAUGACUACGGAGUAAAUUAUUAAAAGCUAUACGAAUAUUUUCCUUGGUUAAUCUCGGCGUCUUUUGGGGACGAUCUUGAACUCUUCCCCGCUGGACUUGAUCUGCCGCAGUGUCGCUUUCGUCAAUUUUCUCAGAAAAUUGUGGUCCUCGGAGUUCUGGAGGCACGUCCCCUUCAAAUGAAGAAUCGCAUGCUUCCACAACUCCUUUUUCUCCACAUUCCGGAUAUCCUGACGCCGAUACAGUCUCACCUCGUAGCAAAGGUCUAACGGGUCGACCUCCAAUGACAAGGAGGACGACAGACCUUCCUUGUCCACUAAAAUAUCCCUACAAAAAUAAAAACAUAGUACUAUACGUUUGAUACUAUACAUGAUGUACAUACCAGGAUUGCCUGCCAAUCGCUUUUCUGGAGAUGAGACACUCCGCUUCGGCGUCUGAGGAAACGUCCGGAGAACGAUGACGCUUUCCACCACGCACACCGACAAGCUCCGUUUGUAUUUGGACAGGUGUGCGCAACGUGGAUGUGGUCGUCGUGCGUCGAGACGAUAAUUGUGGAGUCGGACCGCCUGCUGGCUCUGUCAAAACGUUGGACCAUGUUUGCGAGCUCAUCAGUUGAUCGGCGAAUUGCUCCAGGUCCAACAGGCACGAGAACCCAUGACCUGUAACGAGUUCGUCCGUCUGAAGAACUCGUAGCAAAGAUUCUACUGGAAUAUUCCUCCAGUGCUUGGUCAUACGCUUCCACGUUUUGGCCAACAAUAAACUCAUGAUCGCUCCAAACGGCUCGGUAGUGUCGUCUAGUUCGAUUUGAGUUAUUGUUGACGGAACCGUGGAUGCCAACCAAGUUUUUGGAAUCAUGAUAUUCCAGUCGUCCGACAGAAGCCACAGGAUUAAUACGUAAACAGCGGUUGGAAUUCUGUGCUCGGUUUCGUUGAGAAAAUAAAGCAGUUUGGCGACUGUCGCCAUCAUUGAAGAAUCGUACGGCAGUUCCCGUUGGAUUAUUUCCACCGCUUCGUCUCGAGUACGGUGCAAUACUUUUUCUCGUAAGUCGAUCAAGUCUUCUGGCCAUCCUCUGGACGGAUCUCUCUGAGACACUGUCUGAGGAGGCGGAGGAGACAUCCGAAACCGCUAUUAAUAAAAAAAAUAAUAACUAAAAGAACUACUACUGAUAUACAACACGAACAUACCUGACCACAUUCCAUAUCCGGACUGAUCGACACCCGACUUGUUUCCCGCUCGUACUUCCUCAUCACAGCUGCUUUCGCCGACUGUUGACGUUUCGCAAAAGUCUGUUUCUUGAUCGGGGGACGAGAUUUCUUCACAGGACUCGUUACUGACAACGUCAUUUGAUUGCCUUUCAACGGUUUCACCAAGUCGACCGAUCCUUCUCGUGAACCCUCUCUGGAACAUGGUUUCGGAGUCGUCAUCCGUUCCAAUAACUUGUCGGUUUUGUCCGUCGUCUGUUGUGUUUUCAAUAGAUUGUCCAUUGUUCUUCAAACGAAAUAAAAAAUCAAACAUAUACAACGCAGAGUGCGGUGAGUGAACGUCGUCUCAGAGCACUGCAGUCAUUGAAUACGCUGUGCUACCGACGCUCUUAUAUAUUCAGCGCGUGACCGCCAAAGCUACUUAUCAUGCGCGUAAACAACGGUCACCCAUCCGCGCUUAACUACGGCGGCCAACUGGCUCCGGCUUGGUGCUUGCUCGAAAGAGGAAUUUCCUUCCUCUUUCCGACGACGACGACAUGUGCGGUUGGGUUACUAAAAUUGUAUUAUCAAAUACAGUAUGGUGUACUUACCAGGAUUGCCUGCCAAUCGCUUUUCGUGAGAUGAGACACUCCGCUUCGGCGUCGGAGUUCCCGUCGGAGGAAUCGACCGGAGUACGACGACGCUUUCCACCACGCCACCUACAAGCUCCGUUUUUAUUAGGACAGGUGUGCGCGACGUGGAUGUGGUCGUCGUGUGUCGAGACAAUGAUGGUUGAAUCGUGACGCCCGCUGGUUCUAUCGAACCGCUGCACCAUAUUUGAGAGCUCAUCAACUGAUCGGCGAACUGCUCCAGGUCCAGUAGGCACGAGAACCCAUGACCUGUAACGAGUUCUGCCGUCUGUAGAACUCGAAGCAGCGAUUCGACCGGAAUAUUCCUCCAAUGCUUGGUCAUACGCUUCCUCAUUUUGGCCAACAAUGAACUCAUGAUCGCCUCAAACGGCUCUGUAGUGUCGUCUAGGUCGAUCUGAGUUAAAGUAGCCGGUACCGUGGUCGCUAACCAAGUUUUUGGUAUCAUUAUAUUCCAAUCGUCGGACAGAAGCCAUAGAACCAGUACGUACACUGCCGUCGGUAUUUUGUGUUCCGUUUCGUUUAGGAAAUACAAGAGUUUGGCGACCGUCGCCAUCAUGGAGGAAUCGUACGGUAGAUCUCUCUGUAUGAGUUCGAGUGCCUCGUCUCUCGUACGGCUUAACAAUUUUUCGCGUAGUUCUAUUAAGUCGUCUGGCCAUCCUCUGGACGGAUCUUUCUGAGAUACUGUCUGAGGAGGAGGAGACAUCCGAAAACGCUACAAAAAACGUCGUAUAAAUGUAUGUGUCACAAAAAAAAAAAAAAAGACAUACCUGACCACAUUCCAUGUCCGGACUGACCGACA